GUCAGGGACUCGAGGAGUACACAAGUUAUGAUUUUGGACUUAAGAUUUAUGGACUAGGGUUUCCCUUGGACUCUGAGUCAGAGGACUCAAGGAGUACACAAGAUUUGGAAAGAUGGACUUACAGUUAUGGACUUAAUAUUUCCCUUGGACUCUGAGUCAGGGACUCGAGGAGAACACAAGGUUUGAAAAGACUGACUUUUAAAACAGGGGUACUGACCUAUUGCUCGUUUUGUUUUGCUCGCCUUUUGCUCUUUGAAGGUUUCGGUUGUUUCGAUCUCUGCCGUAGGAUGAGAUUGAGUCUUGGGUAAUAGUGAAGAACUACAGCUAAAGACCGGAGUUCUUGAUCGUGCGAUUGAUGUAGCUUCUUGUACUUCGCUUUUAUGGUGUUGUUUAUUUGCUCUGUCUUUGUGAGAAUAUGUUUCGUUACGUCAAUGACUGUGAUGUUCAGUUCUAGCAGAUGCUCAAAAUAUUUGUUGCUCCCCACCUAUGGCAGUAGAUGAUAGCGUACAAAUUGGGAAUUGAUCUCAGAACAGAGAUGAGUUCUGCCGGUUAGAGUGGUUCCCCGUCGUUGUUCUUAUGAUCGGUGAUCGAGUUGUUAAUUAGAUCGUGCCACAGGACAAUGUUCUUGUUGCAGUUUCGUGGGAGAUUGAUGAAGUUGAUCGCCUUUUUGUCGUAGAAGAUGUUGCGGAAAUUGAGACUGAGUCCAGAGUACGCGUAGACCUCUUUCCUCACUUCUCUAUUUUCGUCUUCGUCCAAAGAAUCAAUUGCUUGGGCUAAGGAUCUGGCUCCAACAAUUAGCAACAUCAGGUGAUGAUAAUAUUUGAGACAAGAGGCAACCACGGCUACCUCGAAAUCAAUACUUAUCUGAAACUAUUUCUCUGCUAUUCCUGCAAUCUGUUGUUUUUUCUCAAUCACAAUUUCCGUUGUUAUCGCAACUAAUGUUGUUGUGUUUUUCUUCGGUUUUCUAACAAAAUGGCCAUUUCUGACGUUUAUCAGAAAUGUGACGUCAUACUUCGAAUUUUUAAAAUUUCAAAAUACCAGAAUAUCUUGACCUUCACCGUUUGACUAAUCGUCCCAAUGACGUUGUUAAUCGCUUAAAACCGUCAAUUCGGAAGGUUCGCUGCUUAAAUUCCGAAUCUGCUGAAUUUGCAUUUUGGCGCAUUCGGGUCGAAUGUCACAUGUGUGAGCAUCCGUUCAGCCCUAUCUACCUUGUGCACUGACAGCCUAAACUUUUGGCCUCGUUUCACUAUUCAGCCAUUUUUAAUACGUUAAAGUUAAAUUGACGGUUAAUAUAUCAGUUCCUUUUUAAUGUUAAUGGUUAUGUAAGCGUGGAUGUAAAAAAACUCAAAGCAUGAUCAGCCUCCGAUUAAAUAGAGAGACAGAUGACAGCUUUACACUGUCAGACGAGCCUGAAAUUGUCCAAGCUUGCUUUUUGGGAGAAACUGAUAAGAUCCGAUCCAUUUUGUUCAAGCAAAAAGAUGACAUAAAUGUUUUAGAUAGUAAAAAGCGAUCUCCACUGCAUGCAGCAGCUUUCAACGCGGAGCCAGAAAUCGUCAAUUUGCUUCUCCUAUCAGGUGCUAAACCUAAUCUAAAAGACAGCAGAUGGUUAACGCCAUUGCACCGUGCAUGUCGCUCGAAAUCUACAGAUACAGUCAAAGCUCUUCUCGAACAUUCCGGAGAUGUUGUGGCGCGUGACAAAAACUGGCAAACACCUCUUCACAUAGCUGCGGCAAAUAAUUCAAUUGGUUGCGCCGAGUUGCUGAUUCCUCAUUUGCCAAAUAUCAAUGUGGCUGAUCGACCUGGCAAAACUCCUCUUCACCAUGCUGCGAUUAAUGGACACUACGAGAUGGUGACCUUGCUUCUGGGUAAAAAUGCCAAUGUGAACUCAUCAGACAGAACUGAUAGAAGACCAUUACACUGGGCUGCAUUUAUGGGGCACUCCGAAGUCGUGAAAAUAUUACUUACACACGGAGCAGAAACUACUUUUAAAGAUAAAAAGGGAAACCAAGCAGCGCAUUUCGCAGCAGCUUCCGGUCACGUCGGAGUUCUGCUGCAACUGAUCGAUGCCGGAUGUGACUUGAACGUUGCAAACGUAAUGGGCGAUACCCCACUGCAUCUUGCAUGUGUAAACCACCACACUCAAGCAGUGAACGAACUACUAAUGAACAACGCAGAUUGUCACGCCACUAAUACCAGAGGCUACACCUGCCUUCAUUAUCUUGCACCCUUCGACGACUCAGGAGACAUCAUCACACGGCUUAUAUUAGAAGGUUGUGAUGUGAACAAACCAGCUAGAAAUGGCCAGACUGCUCUGCAUAUAGCAUCUUUGGCGGGCAGACUAGACCAUUGCGAGGUUCUUAUUAGAAAUGGUGCGAUUUUGGAAUAUGAAGACCAAGAUGGCAACAAGGCUGUGCACUUAGCUGCCUAUGCUGGACACCCAGAAAUAGUCAGUCUAUUGAUUGACCACGGUGCUCAAUAUAGAAGCGCGGGUCAAAAUGGAAUGUCUGCAAUGCACAUGGCAGCUAGCAAAGGAAGAGUAGACUGCUGCAAGCUCCUUCUAUCAAAAGCCCUUAUCGACACUAGAAUGGACUUCGAAGUUGACACAGAGGAUGGCGAGGGUAGAACUUGUCUUCAUUUAGCAGCUUUAAGUGGCAAUGAAGUGUGUGUGGAAUUGUUGAUCAAAGCUGGCAGCGAGCUGAAUGCAUUUGACACCGCUGGACGCACAGCUCUUCACUAUGCCUCCCAUUUGCCUUCAUUGCGAGCUGUUAUCACUCUGUUGCAAGCAGGGGCAUCAGUGAACACAGUAGAUAAGAAGCAAGGAACGGCACUGCAUUAUGCUAGUCUGGCAGAUGAUAAUGGGAGUACAGUCGAAUGUCUUCUGCAGAAUGGAGCUACUGUAUCUGCUUUCGAUGAUCAAGGAUUCACGCCAAUUCAUUAUGCAACCAUGAGAGGACAGAUUCCUACACUCAAACUACUUCUUCAGAAAACUCCUGAGCGCCUUAUGUACAAACUGGAUCAGGACAACUACAUAUCACCACUGCACUUAGCUGCAUAUCACGGCCACGAUGAAGUGCUCUCGAUGCUGUUGGAGUACUAUGACAAGAAUGUGAACGUGAGGGACCCAAUGGGAAGGACUCCCCUCACUCUGGCUGCUCUGAGGGGCAACCUCAACUGCGUGGAGACGCUUCUCAUCCAGGGAAAUGCCACAGUGCUAACUUACGACUCAGUGUCUUGCAAAACUCCAUAUCAUGCAGCAGCCUCCAAUGGCCAUGCGAGUUGCCUGCGUCUGCUGAUCAAGAAUGCAGAGAGUCCCGCAGACGUGGACUGUGUGGACAAACUGGGCAGGACUCCACUCAUGUACGUCACUGCCCAGGGACACCUGGAGUGCCUCAACAUCCUCCUGAACAGUGCGGCCAAUGUCAACGUAGUCGACCACAGGGGAAACAGUGCUCUGCAUAGAGCUGCUGCUCUUGGCUAUGAAGAAAUGGUGGAGCCUCUCUUGAAGGCAGGAGCUAAUGCUAAAUUACGAGGAUACAGGGGCAGACUCCCAAUACACAUGGCUGCCGCUUCAGGACACGCCACUCUAGUACAGACUCUCUUGUCGCAUUCGCCUCAAGAAGAUUUGAUGCUGGACAAUGAUGGGUUCUCACCCAUGCACUGGGCCGCUUUUAACGGGUUCGAAAGCUGCCUCGACGUCUUAAUGCAUACAGAAGCUUCACCGGGGACCUCUCUCACUUCCAAGGAGUCGCCCUAUUCAGUCGAGAUGGGACUGAAAAGAGCUAACUUGAUCACGCAGUAUUUCACACAGGGGACAACCACUCCCUUGCACUGUGCGGCAUGUCAGGAAAAUGUGUCUUGCUCACAGAUGCUGAUCGAGAAGUUCGGAACAGACAUUUUGUUGCUGAAGGACGCUAAAGGAAGGUUGCCGAUCCAUGCAGCGGUGUACUCAGACAGCUAUGAGGUGCUAAUGAACUUCCUUUGUUUCGAACAAUUGCACGACCGGAUGCUUAAUGCGAGAGACGCUGGGGGCAAUACUCCCCUCAUGUUGGCAGCUCUCUCCGGAAAAGUCAACUCUAUCCAAUUGCUAAUUGAGAGCGAGAGUGUUGAUAUGGACUUGUGUAAUGAAGAGGGGGACACUGCUCUCCAUUUGGCAUGUGCCAGUGCAUUUGCCAACUGUGCCGACCUCCUUCUUCCAUCGGACGAGGUCAACAUUGACUACUCUACGGUUGAUGUACACGAAUACAAGGUAGCUCGCCUGUUCAGUCAAAAUAGUGCGGGUGAGACUGCGUUGCAUUUGGCUGCCAGGAGAUCCCUUGUGACUAUAGUGCAGAGACUCGUAAAAAUGGGUGCUUCCCUCCUAGUCCACGACAAGAGCGGUUACACGCCAGCCUUAGCUUGUUGCCAGACUCAGGAGGCAGCCAGUUGUCUCCAGCUAAUUUUAGAAGCACUCCUUCCAGGAGUGAGUGCAGCAGGAACGGAAAGCGAACUAGGUCAUCCCUCGGAGGACCCUGGAUCAGAUAUAGAAGAGGAAGAGUCGAUAUCCAGAGGCGUGGUCAGGGUCGAAUAUUCGGACACCGAAAACAGUAUUGACUCCGAAACAUUCUAAAGCUUUACUUCUACAGGGAUAUGUUUGCCAAUUAUAAGCUUACAAUUGGAGUAUUUGAAAUAAAGAGUUCCUUAUGCCUUAGAACUAUGAUGAAAUCGAAGGUAGUUUAUAGAUGAGAUAUUAUAUAGUUUGAUUCUUGAGUUCUCAUAGUUUAAAAAUACACUAUAAUUGAAAUUGGAUGUAAAAUGUACAAAUGAUGCAAUGUUGAGGUGUUGAUUCUGGCUCAAGCAUGUCAGAUUGCUUCAGCAACUAAUGUGCUCGAUUAUAUUGCAAAACAGUGAUCAGAAAUUGUCAAUUCUAAAGCGCAGUCUGAUUUGCUGUGCUUUCUAAGAAGCAGUGCUUUCCAAGAAGCAACGAGUGCUUUCUAAGAAGCAACAAAGCAAUGCCGGAACAUGUGUGGAGCUUAAGGUUAAUAGGAUGUAUUCAUACAUGAUUAAAACUAGCACAUAAACGACCACAUGCUAACUAAUUUCCAAAAAUUGAGUAUUAUUUCUAAUUUGGAUUUAAACUUUGAGUUUGAAAUUGAAACUAAAAUUUUGUCACUGAGUUUGAAACUAAAAUCAGUAUGAUGGUGUGUGUUAGACCUAGAAAUAGGGUGUUGCUCCAACUUAUAUCUUUUCCCACCUUAACCAAAUUAAUGAAUCAUAUCGAUCUGGCGCUAAAUGUGUACCAUAGUUCUGUCUGCUAAUAGUAUUUGUAAAUCAUCUUUUCCAAGCUAGCUAUGUUACGUCGAUCAAUUCAAGUUUUCACUAUCCAA